AUGCGCUCCAGCAUCGCGUGCGCGCGCUGCCGCCGCAGCAAGAUCAAGUGCGUCAACGCCGGCAUCGACACCACCUGCCGCGCCUGCGACUCGUCCGGCCGCCAGUGCGUCUACCCGGCGCCGUCCAGCACCGCCAGCAGCCACCCUGGUGGCCCUCCGGCCACCGCCGCCGCCGCUGCCAAACGCGAGCUGCCCGACGACCCCGAUGCCCGCCAGAGCCCCAAGCGCGCACGCCCACGCAAGCCUGCCCGCGAUGCCGCCCACAAACCACCCGCGCUGCCCGGCGCACGCUCGCCGCCGCCGCUGCUGCUUGACCCGGCCGUGCUGACGCCGCCUGUCUGGGAGACGCUGUUCGACCUCUUCCAGCGCCACUGCGCCGCGGCCCUGCCCUUCCUGCACCCCGCCGUCUUCCUCGCCCACACCCGCGCCCUCGCCGCGGCGACGCCGACUACCACCACUGCUUCUGCGCCCUCUCCGCGCCCCAGCCCCGGCCCGCCGCCCGACGCCGCCCGCCCGCUACUGCUGCUGGGCGUGCUGACGCUGACCGCACGCUUCCACGCACCGCUGGUGGCCGCACACCACCACGCCUACCACACGACCACCGCACACCCACACCCGUCCGCCGCCCUCGCUGCCUCCGAGCACUACGCCGCGGCGCUGCGCGCACGGCUCGCGGGCCCCGAUGGCGCCGACCUGGCCGCGCCCGACCUGGCGCGCGUGCAGGGCCUGCUGAUGCUGGCGCUGCACGAGUGGGGGAUGUGCCGCGGGCCGGCGGCGGCGCUGUACGUGGCGAUGGCGGUGCGGCUGGCACAGGCGCUGGGGCUGGCGCGCGACGCCGACGCCGACGCCGACGACAACGACAACCACGAUGACCCUCAACGACAGCAGGACGGCAGCGCCGACGAUGUGAUCGAGCGCGAGAUCCGCCGCCGCACGUUCUGGAGCUGCUUCGUGCUGGACCGGCUGCUGAGCAGCGGCGCCGCCGCGCGCCCGCGCAUGAUCAAGCGCCGCCACCUCGCGCUGCAGCUGCCCAGCGACCAGGCCUUUGCCUUUGGCGAGCGCGUGCGCACCGCGCGCCUCGACGAUGCUGUGGUUGCUGCUGGUGCUGCUGCUGGUGCUGGUGCUGCGGGCGGCUCGGCGCGCGCGCGCAGCCUGGAUCCCCCGCGCCAGCUGCCCGCGCUGCACCGGCGCGGCAGUGACGGCGUGGACGCUGGGCGCGAGCGCUGGGAGGUCGGCGCCGAGGAGUGUGUGCUGAGCCGGCUGAUUCGUAUCAUCCGGGUCUGGGGCCGGGUUGCGAAGUGGUCGUGCGGCGACGGACGGAGGUGA